CGUCCUAGCAACGGCCAGAGGCUGACUGUUUGGGGCAUGUCUACCCAGAGAGUUUUCUCCAAGGAGUUAACAAGACUUCUUUUCUCUCAAUUGUAGUAACUCAGGCUAAACUUGAACAAUGGCACCAAAAGCCAAGAAAGCAAAGGCAGGUGGCAAAGCCAAAACAGCGAAGCAGAAGCUGGCUAGUAAAUAUGAAGAUACAGCCCCAGUUUCUAUGGAAAGUAUUGGUCACCCAGAGAUUUUUCCUCUGGUAUUUACCACCAAGACCCAGGAAAUAUUUAGCUGCCGACCUGAAGAAGAUGUCACAGAAGAACAACCCCAUAAACUUAUCAAAAAAGAAGAUAUAAUCCAAGACUUGAAGAACAGAGCCGGAGUAUCUGAUUUCCACCCAGUCAAAAAAAUUGUGAUGGACUAUCCUGGAGAAGAACUUUUGAUUGUUUAUGAUAAAGAGUUCAAAUAUGGACAGAACUUUUAUCUCAUUGGAACGGAAGAGGCCAAGGAAAACAUUUUAAAUCCUCCAGAAGAGCAGAUGGUUACUGAAGAAACCAAAGAAAAUUACGAAGAUGUUUAUGUUUACAAACCACCUGUUCCCAAACCUUGGGUUUCCCUAGGAAGUGAGAAGGAAAUUGAAGAAGAAUCUGUUCGUGAAUCUACAGUCAGGGCCAUGUUUAAAAUUUCCCGGGAACGAAGACUAUUUGGUGCACCCAUUGAGUUUGGUGAUUAUAACGCUUCAAAUGUAAAAGAUGGCUACAUUGAAUGUACAGCAUAUACAGAUAAAAACUUCACCAUCAAGCAACUCGAAAAAGAUAUUGGCUUACAAGUUAUCCCAGUAUUGAAGGAUAACCAUACUCAGACCCAAUGGAAAUUUCCCAGAAAUGCUGCUGUACAAUAUGUGCCUAGAGAAUUCUCAGAAGAAGAAAGAGAAACAUUUCUGGAGGCAGAGGAACUGAAAACUUUUCUUGACUCUGUAUCCUUGAGUGUUGAAAUGGCACUGCAACAAAAUGAAAUCAUGAAUGUAUUUAUUGAUGACUGGAAGGCACUUGCUGAGGAAGAAGCCUCUUUUGGUGAUAAAACAGAUUCCCACCUUAAAGAAUAUCAGUCUUUUACAGACCUUCACAACAUAAAGGGAAAAACCAUUACUUGCGUUUGUUGGCAUCCCACAAUUUAUGGGCUAAUAGCAGUAUCAAUAGCAGAACGACUCAGUUAUGAAGAAAGAGUGAACGCUUUGGGCAAAUUACUUUUGCAACCAUCCCUGAUUCUCUUUUGGAGUUUCUCUGAUCCUAUACAUCCUCAGCUGAUGCUACAAAGCCCAGAAGACAUCUUCUGCUUCCGGUUCUGCCCCAGUAACCCGAAUAUAAUUGCUGGAGGCUGUAUAAAUGGACAGAUAGUCUUAUGGGACAUUAGUGCACAUACUGAUCGCAUAAUAAAUAUCCGAGGCACUAGCACUGCUACUAAGAAAGCCAUACUUAAGCCCAUAUUUUUAGUGGAACCAGAGAGUAAUAAGGAGUCACUAUUUGUGAGACAUUGUGCUGUAUCAUCUAUAGAACAUGGACAUAAAAAAAUAAUCACAGAUAUACACUGGCUGUCUGAUGAUUAUGAGCUCAACAGAAUGGGACAUGUCUUUGAAAAUCGAAGUGGAAUAAGUUGUCAGCUUGCAACAUGUUCAAUAGAUUGUUCAAUAUAUUUCUGGGAUAUCAGACCAACACGGCCUCCACCAAUACCAACUGACAAAAAAAAGGAAGAAGUCAUUGAGGUUCCUCAUGACAUACCUACUACUUUUUUACAUUUAGAUCUCUCUUGGAGGCCUAUUAUUAAGAUAACCUUGACUAAAAGUGGUUCAACAUUAGACCACUGCCCAGUCAGAGUCAGCUUCAAAGAUGCGUAUCUCCAUUACAAGGUUAAAGAUACUCUGGCACUCCAGCAGAAAGCCCAGAUUGCAGGAGAUGACCCCUACCACAACUUGGAAUAUGGUUUGAGCAAGACCCUCAAGCCAGUGGAGGAUUAUAACACAAUGUUCUUUGUUGGAACAGAGGAUGGGGAAGUGAUAUACACAGACUGGAGGAUGGAAAGAGAUCAUGAUACUGGAAGAUUAGUAAGUAAGAAGCCGGUGAAUCAAUACUUGGUCCACGAUGGAAGCAUUCACACUGUCCAGAGAUCACCUUUUUACACUGACAUUGUCCUCACCAUUGGGGGCUGGAACGUGGCCAUAUGGAAAGAAGGUGUUUCUCAAGGACCGCUUCUUCAGUCAUCCUGCUCAAAAAAAAUGUACACGGCUGGACACUGGUCCUUGACGAGACCAGCAGUUUUCUUUGUGGGCAAAGAAGAUGGAUACGUUGACAUUUGGGACCUGCUGGAGAAAACUCACGAACCCUCCCAGACACAAAACAUAUGCGUAACGGCAAUCACGUACAUCAGACCCUGGAUGGUCUCCUCAAAACAGCAAUUUGCAGCCAUAGCAGAUUAUUAUGGAACGCUGCAUAUAUUGGAAAUUCCAUGGACAUUAAGUCACCCUUCGGCCAAUGAGGUACACACUGUAAGCAAUUACUUUGACAGAGAGGUCAGUCACCUGAGAUAUGCAGAAAAACGCAAAGAAGUCCGAGACAAGGAAAAAGAAGAAUUAGAACUGGAAUCGGAGAGAAAGAGAGUUAAAGUUUUUUCGAAGACGAGGGAACAAAUAGAAGCUGAGCUGAAGUUAACCUACAAAGAGUAUUUGGAACUUGAAAAAGAAAUCCUUGGAAAGCUUGGGGUGGUCUCAGAUCCAGACAAAAUGACAUCCACAUUCAGAGACCUCCUUGAAUAACCAAUCCCUGAACUAUUUUUCUGAAGAUUUCUCUCCUUCAGAAAUGUCUUUCCCCACCCCUUUCUUAGUAAUGACUUGUUUUUGUAGCAGUUACUCAUUUAAACUUUAUAUAGGAUGAGGAGGGAAAAUGAACAUAAGGCUAUUAAUGUGUAAAUGUAGAUAAAUUAACUUCAUUGGCAUUCAUUAAAGCUUCUUAAUUUGAACAGCAGCAAGACUGGCUCACUUUCA